UCCCUUCAAAUCGCCGCCCAUAAAAAUGUUGUGAAGUACAUUAAAAGCUUCACAGAUGACAAUACACUUUAUAUUGUCUUGGAAUACUGCGAAUUUGGACCAAUCGACAGUUUCAUCAAAUCCAAGUGACCUGAUGAAAAGAGGCGUAUGGGAUUCAUUAAAGACAUAGCGACUGGCAUUGCUCAUCUUCAUGGCCUCAAAAUUGUACAUAGAGAUCUGAAGCCAGCCAAUAUUCUGAUCGACAGCCAAUAUGUUGCUAAGAUUGCUGAUUUUGGAUUGGUUAAAGUGUUUUCAAAGUUAGAGGAGGUUACGAAAAAAAUUGAGGAAUUAUAUAUGGGUACGUUGGCUGGCACCCCCGUAUACAUGGCUCCCGAGGUCAUGACAGGCCAUUACAAUUCCCAGGCGGACAUUUUUAGUAUGGGAAUUAUAUUUUGUGGUAUUUUAGAUGACGAUUUAAAAGAACAAAUUGAAAAACAGUUGAUUGGAAUAACGAUGCAUAAGGUUCCAGGUUACAAAUACAAGGUACCGGCAACGAUUGGAACAUUCAUGCAAAGGCUUGUGACUAGGAUGCUUCAGAAAGAUUACCAUUUGAGGCCAAAGGCACACGAUGUCAGCCAGCAGUUAAUGCAAUGUGGUAAAGAGUCCAUGAAGAUAAACUUGCGAUCAGUACAGUUACUGGCAGCGGGAAUCUCGUCUUGCCUUGGUGUCAUCGUACUUCCACCAGGAGAAAAACCUCCAGAUGGUCAUCGAAUAACAGAUAAGAUUACAUUGCAUGAUCUUUUCCACUUAACAAACCCCGAUGUUGUGUUGAACACAGAGCAAAAUAAGGAUGGCUGUGACAACACAGUCGAUGCAACUAACAUUGAUGUGAUGUUCAAGAGCAUCGGUGGCUCUACGGGAAAAGUUAGAAUGUCAAAGAAGGCGAGUGUAGAGGAAAUGCGUCGACUUAUAGCCUCACAGUCGAAUAUUCCUUUAGACUCACUUGAACUUUUUCACAGAAAAUGGGCAGUUGAGAACGACCAAUCACUAGAGAAAGAAGGCAUCAAGCAAGGCUCAGUUGUUCACGUACAUUCUGUCAAAGAAGACGCGAAGGGAACGGUGUACUACGAACUUGACAAAGCACUUCUUGAUCCGACAUUUAAUUACGAUUUCACCAAGUUGGAUGAUGGUAAUACUCAAUACUUUAGAGGUGGGCUACCAUAUCAGCGACCCUGUGGGUGGUUUAGGCAUGCAAUCAAGGUUAAAGGUAAAUACGAAGAUGAUAUCUGGCUUGGAAAUAUAGGCAAUCGAACAGAGUCUACAGCUAAGGAGUGGCCUGUAAGUUACCAUGGCUGGAAUAUGACGUCAGACAAUAUUCCAAUUGGGGCUGUGGCGUCAAAUGGAUUAAAUGGCAUAAUAACCACGCCCUCCCUUCAUUUGGUUGCAGAGAAAUUUGUAGAUACUUUCGAAUUUGAGGGUAACACGUACCAAAUAGCUCUACAGAAUCGGAUUAAUCCAAAUGCAGUGAAUGGUCACCUGGUAACCAUUCCGGGUAAAGAGACCGGAGCUUCAGCAGAUUUUUGGUUGUCUCCAAAACAAGACCCAUCUAAAAGGGUUUAUGACGUCAGGCCAUACGGUAUUCUUAUUCGCAGGAUUGAUGCUUGCACUAUUUGUCAAAAGAUUAUCUACAAUAAAUACUGUAUGAUGGGUGCUCCAAGUAGUAAGCCUCAAACAGAAGUGCCUCUCAUUGAAGGACACACCACGAAACAAGCAAACUCACUUCCUUAUAUACUGGGAGACAAGAUAGGAAAAGGUCAUUUCGGCAACGUAUAUAAGGCUGAGCACCGUACUACUAAAGCAGUUGUUGCCGUUAAAACACUGACAGAGGUCGACGACCAAAAGGUAGAAUCUGAGGUGACGUCACUGAGAAAAGCUGAUCAUAAAAACAUUGUUAAAUUUCUUGAUUUUAUCAGUGACUCCGAACAAGCAUGUAUUGUUCUAGAAUUCUGUGAGUUUGGUUCCUUGGAGAAAUUUUUGACACAGCAUCGACCUGACAAAACACAAAGAAUAAAAUUUAUGAUCGAUAUUUCAGCAGGAUUAGCAUAUCUCCAUGAAAUACAUAUCGCGCAUCGAGAUUUAAAGCCAGCUAAUGUGUUAGUUGACAGCAGACGUGUUGCUAAGAUAGCUGAUUUCGGAUUGGCUAAAGUUUUAAUGGGACCUGGAAGUACAGGAGAUGUUGAUAAAAUAUACAUGGUCACAGGUAGCACUAUUGCUUACAUGGCUCCAGAAGUACACAACAAGCAUUACAACAUACAAGCUGAUAUUUUUAGUAUGGCGUUGGUUUUUUGUGUCACCAUAAGUGAAGAAAUGAAAAAAGAAAUAGAACCUAAAUGUCUUGGUUUGGUAAUGCAUAAUAUUCAUGAUUACCAAUUUACCGCUCCCGAGGGCAUGGAUGACUUCAUGCGAAAACUUAUAACUAGCAUGUUGCAGAGAGAUUACCACGUUAGACCAAAGGCACAUGAAGUUUACCAACAACUUAUACAAUAUGAUGCUCAACCAACGGAACCGAUUGUGUCACGAAAUAAACCUUACCAAACGGGAUCUGGAAAUAUAAGGUCCACUGGAAGCAGGAGACUAGAAGAUAACCAGGAUGUAAACGGUUACUGUAUAGUAAGCCGUCUGGGGACAGGUGCGUUCAGUGACGUGUAUAAAGCAGUGGAACAUUCUACGCAAGAGACAGUGGCAUUAAAGCGAAUUAAAGAAUUGGCCUUAGAUGCUUCUGUUUUGAUUGAGAUCAAAGCUCUUCAAAUCGCCGCUCAUAAAAAUGUUGUGAAGUAUAUCAAAAGCUUCACAGACGAUAAUACGCUUUAUAUUGUCUUGGAAUACUGUACAUUUGGACCAAUAUACAGUUUCAUAAAAUCCAAACGUCCUGAUAAAGAGAAGCGCAUGUGUUUACUCCAAGACAUAGCGAAUGGCAUAGCACAUCUUCAUAGCCUCAAAAUUGUACAUCGAGAUCUGAAGCCCGCCAACAUUUUGGUUGACAGCCAAAAUGUUGCUAAGAUUGCUGAUUUUGGAUUGGCUAAGGUUUUUAAAUCAGAUGAUACGAAGAAAAUGGAGGAACUCUACAUGGCCACGAUAACCGGAACGUAUGCAUACAUGGCUCCAGAAGUGCCAACAGGUUAUUACAAUGCCCAGGCGGAUAUUUUCAGUAUGGGGAUUAUAUUUUGUGGUAUUUUGGAUGACAAUUUAAAGGACAAGGUCGAGAGGGAGCUGAUUGGAUUGAAGAUUCAUUUGGUUCCAGGGUACAAGUACAAAAUACCGGCAACGAUUGGAACGUUCAUGGAAAGGCUUGUGACUAGGAUGCUUCAGGAGGAUUACCAUCUGAGACCAAAAGCACACGAUGUCAGCCAACAGCUAAUCCAACAUGGUAAAAAGUCUGUGAAAAUAGACCUGCGAUCGACACAGUUGCUGGCAGCGGGAAUCUCGUCUUGUCUUGGUGUCAUUGUACUUCCACCAGAAGAAAAACCUUCAGGUCAACAAAGAAGAAAUAAGAUUACUUUACAUGAUCUUUUCCACUUAACUAACCCCGUUGUUUUAAACAAAGAGGAAAAUAAUGAUUAUGGCCGUGACGACACUGCAGUUGAUGCAACUGGCAUUGAUGUGAUGUUCAAGAGCAUCGGUGGCUCUACGGGAAAAGUUAGAAUGUCAAAGAAGGCGAAUGUAGAGGAAAUGCGUCGACUUAUAGCCUCACAGUCGAAUAUUCCUUUAGACUCACUUGAGCUGUUCCACAGAAAAUGGGCAGUUGAAGAGGGGCAAUCACUCGAGAAAGAAGGCAUCAACCAAGGCUCAGUUCUCCACGUACAUUCUGUCAAAGAAGACGCGAAGGGAACUGUGUACUACGAACUUGACAAAGCACUUCUUGAUCCGACAUUUAAUUACGAUUUCACCAAGCUGGAUGAUGGUAACACUCAAUACUUCAGAGGCGGGCUACCAUAUCAGCGACCCUGUGGAUGGUUUAGGCAUGCAAUCAAGGUUAAGGGUGAAUACGACGAUGACAUCUGGCUUGGACCUCCUGGAGGACGAACAAAUUCUGCAUCUAAGGAGUGGCCUGUGAGCUACCAUGGCUCAAAGAUGACGUCAGAUAACAUUCCAGUAGAGGCUGAGGCGUCAUACGGGUUAAAUGGAAUAAUAACCACGCCCUCUCUUCACUUGGUUGCAGAGAAAUUUGUAGAAACAUUCGAAUUUGAGGGUAACACGUACCAAAUAGCUCUACAGAAUCGGAUCAAUCCAAAUCAAGAUAAUGGUCACCUUAUAACCAUCCCAGUAAAGGAUACUGCAGCUUCUGCUGAUUAUUGGUUGUCUCCAAAACAAGACCCAUCUAAAGGGGUUUAUGACGUCAGGCCAUACGGUAUUCUUAUUCGCAGGAUAGAUGAUGAGCCUAUUAAUUAAAUUAAUCUAUUCAAUCCAUUCGUUGGUUACGAUAGGAUACGAUAAGAUUUAUUUCCAUCAAGAAUCAAUAAAAUACAACAUACUGUAAACACGUCAUGAUAAAUGAUUGCAUGAGACAACUACGAAUCCUAAUCCUAUAAUAUACCUUAUUCAAAACAACUAUAAAUGCAUUUAAAUUCAAACAGGGCCUAUUGCAAAUAGAAAUUAAAGGGAUAAUACAACUGAUUUAGGGCGGAACUUUAGUAAAAAAUCCUGUCUUCCAAAUUGUUAGGGUCAUGAGGUCAAUAAGAGACUGCGCAACACGAACCAUCCACUCUCUAUGCCUCACAAGAGACAGAAUAUAGAGCACCAUUACCAUCCAGUAAGUGGAGAGUUACUUGCUUUUAUUGUGAAUUAAAUACACUUUAAAAACUAGUUUUAAUUUUAAAAAAACUGAGGACUGCCACAAUCACAAUCAGAAUGAAUUUUAAUGUCCUGAAAUCAGUACAAAUUUAUGAAAAAUGUAUUCCUUGCUUAUAUACAUAAAGUAUAAAAAUACGAAAGACCAUCAAAACAUGAAUUAAGCUAUACAAUGAUACAGAACCAUCGUAUAGCUUAAUUUAUGUUCCUGUUGUGAAUAAAUAUUAAAGUAGACUAAUAGAAAACUUUUUAAUUACGACGAAACAGAAUACACAAUGAGCGCUUAACCAAGUAAAUUUCAAAAGUCAGAGGAGAAAGAAGAUAAAUAAUUGAAACCUGAUCGCGUCAGUUGAAAUACAAGGCAAUAUAUACUUAUUUUGAUAUUAAUUUUUAUAUUUCAUGGUAGAAUCUAAGAACUCAUUAUCAACACCGUUAAUUAUUCUAAAAGAAUCCGUAAGUUGUUAGGGCUUUACAAAUGUUCUUUGUUGUGAAUAUAUAGACCUAUUAGACUGUUUAUGUUCAAUUUAAUAUAUCAUAUUUUAAAUGAAAAUUGUUAAAAAAAUAGAUAACCUUUUAAAAGUACUCUUUUUAACUAUUUAUUUGAUCGAUCGAAGAAAUGUAUAAAUAUUAUCUUUUCCUUCUUUAUAUAUUUUAUAUUUUAUAUAUUUGAUCGUAUUGUCAUUGGCCAGAGGUUUAGAGAUGUAACUUUAAAGUUUAUUAAGCAAACCAAUCAAA